GCCAGCUCCUCGCUCACUCCCACGGUUUCUCUCAGGGAGCCCCUGCUGCCGGGCACCAUGACAGUGAGGGGGGCCGCCCUGGCCCCAGAUCCAGUGUCGCCCACGAUGGCGGCAGCCUCGCCCAGCGUCUCCGAAGUCCCCGAGGGCAGCCCCACAGCCAUGGAACAGCCCGUGUUCCUGAUGACAACGGCCGCGCAGGCCAUCUCCGGUUUCUUUGUCUGGACGGCGCUGCUCAUCACCUGCCACCAGAUCUACAUGCACCUGCGCUGCUACAGCUGCCCCAACGAGCAGCGCUACAUCGUGCGCAUCCUCUUCAUCGUGCCCAUCUACGCCUUCGACUCCUGGCUCAGCCUCCUCUUCUUCACCAACGACCAGUACUACGUGUACUUCGGCACCGUGCGUGACUGCUACGAGGCCUUGGUCAUCUACAACUUCCUGAGCCUGUGCUAUGAGUACCUCGGGGGAGAAAGUUCCAUCAUGUCCGAGAUCCGGGGGAAGCCCAUCGAGUCCAGCUGUAUGUAUGGCACCUGCUGCCUCUGGGGAAAGACGUACUCCAUUGGGUUCCUGCGGUUCUGCAAGCAGGCCACCCUGCAGUUCUGCGUGGUGAAGCCGCUCAUGGCUGUCAGCACCGUGGUCCUCCAGGCCUUUGGCAAGUACCGGGACGGUGACUUUGACGUCGCCAGCGGCUACCUGUACGUGACCAUCAUCUACAACGUCUCCGUCAGCCUGGCCCUCUACGCCCUCUUCCUCUUCUACUUCGCCACCAGGGAGCUGCUCAGCCCCUACAGCCCCGUCCUCAAGUUCUUCAUGGUCAAGUCUGUUAUCUUCCUCUCCUUCUGGCAAGGCCUGCUCCUGGCCAUCCUGGAGAAGUGCGGGGCCAUCCCCAAGAUCCACUCAGCCCGCGUGUCGGUGGGCGAGGGCACCGUGGCUGCCGGCUACCAGGACUUCAUCAUCUGCGUGGAGAUGUUCUUCGCGGCGCUGGCCCUGCGGCACGCCUUCACCUACAAGGUCUACGCCGACAAGAGGCUGGACGCGCAAGUGCCAACGUAUGGUCCUUACGGCCGCUGCGCCCCCAUGAAGAGCAUCUCCAGCAGCCUCAAGGAGACCAUGAACCCGCACGACAUUGUGCAGGACGCCAUCCACAACUUCUCGCCCGCCUACCAGCAGUAUACGCAGCAGUCCACCCUGGAGCCCGGGCCCCCCUGGCACGGCGGCGCCCACGGCCUCUCACGCUCCCACAGCCUCAGUGGCGCCCGCGACACCGAGAAGACGCUCCUGCUCAGCUCUGAUGACGAGUUCUAAGCGUGGCUGCUGCUGGGAAGGAUUGGCACGUUGGCCCAGGGCAGGUGCGCCCCUCCGGCCUCAGGCCCAGGCCCGGAGGCGGGCUGCCAGGGCUUUGGCAUUGCCUUUAAUUUAUUGGACCAGAGCACUCACAUAUCGCUUCCAGAGGGACCGCCAGUCGUUGUCUGCCCAGAGGACAGGCCAGGCUCACCCCGAGCCUUCAGGAACAUUUCUACACGGCCACGCUGCACGCCCGGCGAGGAGCAGGGGUCACUGGGAGCCACUCCCAUGCCUGUGCGGCUCGGCUCGUCCUGGUGGCGGCGUGUUGGGACCAGCCGUGCCCCAGGCCCUGACGCUUGUGUUGCUGACCAGUGGCCGCAGCCUCUCAGCUCUGUCCCCAGCUCAUUGCCCUCCCCCUGAGACUCACAGCCCCUCCCCAACACUGCACUGCAGCUCUGCCCCCUCUUCCUCCUCCCCCUUCUGCUAUAUUAGCUCCUCUGGGCAGGAGGAGGAGGAGGGAGGAGGGAGGAAGCUAUCUGUGGAGUCCCUCCUGACCCGGCCUGCCUGGCCCGCUGCAAGGCUCAGCCAGACGCCAGGAGCCACAGGUCCCGCCAGGAAGGUGCUCAGGUGCCUCUGGGCCCCUCUUCUGCGGAUGUGGCCUCUCCACGUGAGGUCCCUGCGUCCCCUGGCUGUCCUUGCUGUGGCUGCACCUCUGUCGCAUGCCCCUCCCCCCUGGCCUGCGGAGGACAGCGGCAGCCCCCACUGCCCCUCUCCUGGGUCUGUCUUGAGAGCUUUGGGGGCAGAGCCCUUACUGCCUGGCUGCUCAGAGGGUCAGGGGCUCCCACCUUCCUUCCUGGCUGAGCGGUCAGACCUUUGCUGGCCCCGAUCAUUGCUGGGGCUUCUCCCUCCCAUUUCAGGGAAAGAGUCUGAGUCCACAUUUCAGACCAGCUUCCGGAGGACACGGUUCUGUGGGAGGGCGGACAAAGGCUGGGCCUGCAGGAGGGCCCCGGCCCCAUGCCCACACGGCCUGGUGUCCUGCUCAUCUGGCCCCAGCCCAUCUCUUCUGUGCCUUAGUCACACAUGAACGCUCCCCUCCCCAGGCCUCAGUCUGUCCCAGACACUCCCUGGGGGCUCCCUGCUAAGCUGCUGGCACUCAGGCUCCUGCAGUGCUGGGCCAGGCGCCCUUGGACAGGCCUCGGUGGCCAGGACCACCAGGCCCUCCCCUUGCCCACCCCACACCCACACCUGGGGCCAGAGCCCCUGUGCAGCCUGGGCUCACAUCGGCCACCGUCAGGAGGAGACGUGAUGGACACUGUUUGGACAGGCAGAGCGUCCGUCCCGAGAUAGCGCGUUUGGGCUGCAGCAGCCGCGGAAGGGCAGGGAGAAGGGCCCGCCCGUGGCUUCAGACUUCACUACGGAAUCUUCCCUCUUGGCCACUCCUGGGUGAACAGUGCCCAGGGUCGGGUGGGGGUUUCAUCCCAGGCGUCUUUCUGGGCACUUGGCGCUGUGACCAAGCCAGCCCUCCCGGUGGGAGCGGGGGGGCCAGGCCUGCCUGAGGGGUACUAGGGGCCAGCUUUCGGGUCCCUGUCUGGGGGGCUUGGCCAGCCAGCCCCAAGCUGCCUGGGAAGGCAGCAGGCGUGCAGGCUGCCUGAGAACGCCCUCGGCCCCGCUCCCACUAUUUCCCUUCCCUUCUGUUUCUCUGGCCCUCCUUCCAGGCCAAAGUGUGGGGCUGCUCCCUGCCCGUCUCUGCCCUGCAGCUCCCGGCGGGGAGCCAGGCCCAGAGCUGCGGGCUGGGAGCGGCCUGACCACGCCACCUACUUCCUAGGAUUCGUAACCAACCUUGUCUUUUUUAAAUUUUUUUCCCAAUAGAGUAGCUCUUUGUAUAUAAAAAAUACUUGAAAAAUUAAUUGUAUGAUGUAUGAGAAGACAGAGUCCCUUAGUUUUAUAUCUCGUGUAUGACUGCCGUGAGUUCCACCAGAAAGUCGCUCUAUUUUGGUCUCUGUGACAUUUUAAAUGCGUGACAGAAGUGAGCAAAUAAAGUGAGGAAGAAAUAUAUAUAUAUGAGAUAAUAUAGAUUGUACUGAAAUCUC